AUUUAUCCAAAUUUCAGAACAUAAUCGAGACAAAUUUUUAUAUGUUCUUCCAUCCGCUUCAGCCUCCAUUUUCCCCUUUACCCUUUCUCUCGAUUCAAUCUCAGCCGUACGUUUGAUUCAACUGCAGUCUCUCUCUCUGCGACUGCUCCUAAUACCUCCCUCUCCGUUCCUAUAAGGCUCCAAAGACUUUGAGUCUUUCUCUGCUUCUGGCUGUGUUGGGAUCGCUGGUUCUGGAUUUCUGAUUUGUUGCGGGAAUUUUGAGUUCCUAGAGAGAGAGAGAGAGGCAUGUCGGGUGGUAUUGCACGCGGUCGUCUGACGGAGGAGCGGAAGUCGUGGCGGAAGAAUCAUCCGCAUGGUUUUGUUGCGAAACCGGAGACUCUGCCUGAUGGGACGGUGAAUUUGAUGGUUUGGCAUUGCAUUAUUCCUGGGAAAGUUGGGACAGACUGGGAGGGUGGUUUCUUUCCCCUUACACUCAACUUCAGUGAAGACUACCCAAGUAAGCCACCAAAGUGUAGAUUUCCUCAGGGUUUCUUCCAUCCUAACGUGUACCCAUCAGGAACAGUCUGCUUGUCAAUUCUCAAUGAAGAUAGUGGGUGGAGACCAGCCAUAACAGUUAAACAAAUUCUUGUUGGAAUCCAGGAUUUGCUGGAUCAACCAAAUCCUGCUGAUCCCGCCCAGACAGAAGGGUAUCAUCUCUUCAUCCAGGAUGCCGUUGAGUACAAGAAGAGGGUUCGCCAACAAGCCAAGCAGUAUCCUCCUCUGGUGUAAGCCGAAUCUGAGUCGCAUUAGACUUCUUGAUACUAUGAUAUUAGCAACCAGUUGCCACUGAUUAAAUCAACAUUUAAAACUGACUUGUUUUUAUAGAUUGGUUGGUAUGUGGUGCACAUUUCAAUUGUCAUAAUCUCUGAAACUUUCAUGUUUCCCAGAUAUAGACCAGCGUAUGUCGAUAUUUAUUGGUAAACAUGUCAACAGCCUGAUGUUGCAUCGUGUUCAUAUUGUGAACCUCAUGGUUUCCUGCUCUAAAAUAUGUAAGAAUGAAGGGUUUUCUCUUAGGUUGUGGAUUGAA